AUCUUUAACAUGUAGUUUGAGACAAACAUUUUUGUUGAAAAUGCGAAGAAAUGUAUAGAAAUAUUUUUGUAGUUUCGUUGGCUUUAAUUGAAAUAAUUUGUGGUCAGGUGCUACAGUUUGGUCAAUGUCAGGAUGUGAACACAAUUCAGUAUUUUCAAAUUGAUAAGUUUCUAGGUAAAUGGUAUGUUAUUGAAAGUUUUCCAAUACGGUACGAACGUAACGCGCACUGCUCUUACAAGAUCUUCGAACUGUGCGACCGAGUGCUUGAGAUCCAGCACGGGUCUAUAGCGGACGAGGUCCACCACAUCAUUCACAUGAAUAGCACGUACUCGCCAGGAUAUGAUGCUGUGUUAAGGAUACAGGCGAACAAUAUAGAUCCGGUCGGGAUUCCGUUGUCUGUUGUUUCAACAGAUUAUACAAAUUACUCUGUGCUUUAUGGUUGCAGGGUAAAUGAACAUUUACAAUUGAAAUAUCUAACAACAUGGAUCUUAUCAAGAAGGAAGACAUUAGAAGCAGAAUACUUAGAAACAGCUUACAAAGAUUUAAGCUCAUUACCAGAUGCAAGUCCUUUGUAUCUUCACAAAAUAAACCAGGAUGUGGAACAGUGCCCCUAUCUGUGGACGGCACAUAUUCACACCGUGCCGAGAACCAGAGAUGACAUCGGGAAGUGAUUGCGAUAUUUUUAUAUAUUUUAAUACACGUUUUUGAGAAAA